AUAUGGUUUGGCAAAAAGAUAAGAAGGAAGGACGCUUGAUUUUAUACGUAUAUUUUGCUUAGAUAAAGAUAAAGAUAAACAUAAGCCAAACUCAACAUGGGUGGCGGAGAUUUGAACUUGAAAAAAUCAUGGCAUCCGCACACGAUGAAAAAUCAGGAGCGAGUUUGGAAAGCGGAACAGGCAAAGCAAGAGGAGCAACGCAAGCUGGAUGAUCUGCGCAAGGAGAUCAAUGAGGAACGGGAUCGUGAAGAGCUGCGACGCAUAGGAGAGAAUUCAGGCGUAUUACACAGUAGCAAUGGAGGCGAAGCUAAGCUCGAAUGGAUGUAUAAAAAUAGCGCAGAGUUAAUCAAUCGAGAGGAAUAUCUGCUGGGUCGCAAAAUAGACAAAUCAUUUGAUCAGCUGCAGGCGGAGGAGAAGCGACAAGAGCAAAGCACGCUGGGCGUUAAGCAGUCCAUUAACCAUGUGGAGCACGAAUGUGUGCCUUUCUCCAUACGUGAAUAUCGUAAUAUGCAAUCCACCGAGCAAGUGGAUAUGCAGCGCAAAGCAAUGGAGGAUCCGCUGAUGCUAAUUAAACAGAGAGAAAUGGAAUCGCGGCGCAAGCUGCUGGAAAAUCCAGUGAAAUUAAAGGAAAUCCAUCGCUUACUCAAAACGGAGCAGGAACUGGCUACAAAGCGCAACAAAAAGUCCAAAAAGAGCAAAAAGUCAAAGAAAAAGAAGAACAAAAAGGACGACAGCGAUGAUAGCGAGGAUAGCAACGAGGAUCUGGACAGAAAGCUGGCCAAACAAAUGAAAAAGCUGAAAGGUGAGAGCACAAGUGAGGACUUUAAACUGGACAAACUGCUGGAUGCCAAGUACCGCACGUUGACCAAACAGCUGGAUAUGGCCACAAAGCAGAAGAAGAGCAAGAAAAAAUCGAAGCGUCGCAGCAGGAGUAGCAGCAGCAGCAGCGAUGAUAGUGAUAGCAGCGAGGAGGAGGAGGAGGAGUCAAAGGCAGGCAGAGGAAGACGCGGUAGAAGUCGCAGCAGAAAUUCUGAGGUGCACACAAGACGAGCAAAAGAGAAUCGAGGCAGACGUAAUAGCAGCGACGAUGAGACGCCAUCGAAGAAGAUCAAGGAAAGCAAAGACAGACGUGAGAGGAGCGCUGAUGAGCGAAAUAAAAAGGCAAGAAGAAGAGACGACAGUCGCUCAAAUAAUCGAACAAAGUCAAGUAAGGAGAGCAGAGGACGACGUGAUCGAAGCGACAGCAGCACAGAUGAACGAUCGAAAAAGAAUAAGAAGAGUAGAGAGAGAAGGAAUAGAAGUAAUAGUCGAAAUGAUGAGCGAACUAAGAAGAAUAAGGAUGGCAGGGGAGCUGAGAGAUCUAAAAAGACCAAGGAGAGCAGCACAAGACGUAGCCGAAGCGAUAGCAGCGCAGAUGAAGAAUCAGAAAAGUCCAAGGAGAGUAGAGGAAGAGGUGCAAGAAGCGACAGCCGCGAAGAUGACAGAAUAAAGUCAAAAGAAAAGAAGCGAAGAGCCGAGAGAAGCAGCAGCAGAACAGACGAGCGAAUGAAACGGAUGAAGGAGAGCAGAACAAAACGUAGCCGAAGCAAUGAGAGAUCGGAAAAGGCCAAAGAGAGUAAAUCAAGAGGCGGAAGAAGCAGCAGUCGGGAGGCGGACAAGAGAAAAGACAAACAGGCCAGAGAAAAGAAAAGAUCAGAGAGAAGCAGAAGCCGAACAAAGCGAGAGAACGGAAGACCGGAAGAUCGACACAGGCGCAGCCGAAGUCGCAGUCCACGUCGAGACCAACGUCAGAGGAGUCACAGCAAUGAGCGACGUCGACCUAGUCCCAAGCCAGCUAUGGCUCCGCCUCCUCCUGCUCCCCGUCAGCCAGAGAAAGCGAAACCGAAGCUCACCGAAAGUGAGCGCGAGGCGCGUCUGCGCGAGAUGAUGGACAAUGCUGUGUGGCGCGAGGCCGAUCGCACCAAGGUCGUGCACAAGCAUCGUGAGGAAUAUGCGCGCGAGGAGGCACUAAAUCAGGCCCGCGACUUUGACCAACAGUUCAUCAACAAGGAGGUCAAGAAGGCCAUCGAUAAUCAGACAUCCAUAGGCAACCGCAUCCGCUCCAAUCUCAACAACAUACAGCGCACCUCCGCCGCCAUGGACGCGAACUUUGCUCGCAAAUAAUUCUAGCAAAAGUAUUUAAGUGUAAGUUUGUACUGUAUUCAACUUAUAGAUGCGAUUCAAGAUUUUUAAAUGUAAGCUUAAAUAUUUCU